AUGUCCAUGCCCAUAACCACAAAUGCCAAUGCAACUGGCAUCCUCAAUAUGUACCUGGAGUUGGGAUUGAAGACUUUGAGGGAUGCAAUACUGGAAUAUUUCGAUUUCAAUGAUGAGGACAAACAAGCGCUAUCUGGCAAUUUUAUCUAUCAGAACUAUCAAGAGGUGCUUGAACGACUUGAAGAGGACUUACCUCUGUUCAAAGAGAUGUGUGUCAAAAAUUUGGAUUGUCACGAGCCGCCUGUGAAGCAUUCUUGA